AUGGGUAUUACAGAAUCUUAUGAAAAUGCUCCACUUUCAGAGCACCUCAGCCAACUUUUAGAAGGGGGUGAUAUUAUUAAUAUCAAAUUCUGGAAUACCUUACUACAGUUAGGUCAAAAAAGAGAAUAUAGAGCUCGAAUUCCACCAAAACUUUUAAUACAGAUUUCGAAAAGCCAGCCAAAUAAUGUUAUAAAACUUCUUCAUGUAUGUAUUACUUAUUUAGAAACUCUUCCUUCAAAAAAUUCUAAAGAAUACAUUGGUGUUUUUUUCUACAAGCAAUUAAAUACAGUUUUACAAUUGACAGUUUCAUUUUUUAUUGUAACAUCCAUUGACAAAUCUCUUUUUGAACUUAAUCAACGACUUUUCAAUUCACCUUCAGGGAAUCCUUCAUUAGGAGAGCGCCUGAUCAAAGCAUUAGCUAAUUUGCUCUUUUGCAAAAACAUCACUAUCCCAGAAUCUAGUGAUAGAUGGGAUACUACGUAUAAAACAUCCACUCGAUAUGAUGAAAGCCUUUUGGAUGUGCUUCACGCAUUAUUGCUCUUUUACAGCAGAGAAGCAUUCAGUGGUGUAAACGAAAUACAUUACGAAAACUUCUUAUUAAUUCCUAAUUUUCCAUAUAAAAAAUUUAUCGAAAACCUUUGCAAUUAUUGCAAUAUGUAUCUUCGCGGAAUUGUAGAAAAUAGCAAAAACGUUACAAAGGAAUCCAUAAUUUGCCAUUCAAUCUGCCUUAUUUCAGAAUUUUUCUAUUUUGAUUCCUUAUUCAAAGAAAUGAUUUCAAAUACAAGCAGUGAAAUUCUCGAAAAAGCAUUUUUCUACGAAAUACCGAUUACUGCCUUUCAAUGCCCUCUCUCAGUUGAAGGAUUAACUUUUCUGAACCUUGUUUUGAUUGGAAAACCAGGUUUCAACAGAUACCUUUCAUCUAGAAGUGAAGGCAUCAAAAUCACGGAGUCGAUCCUAUCAUUAAUCCUCAGAGUUUACGAAACAGCCGGAAUUUCGUACAUUCAUACCAUCGCAAUAUCGUGUUUGAUCAGUUUGCUCUCGUGCAAUGAAGCAGAAAAUAUUGUUAAUGCCAAAUUCCAGGAGCAUUCAAACGAAACGAUUUCUUCGAUUUUAAUUAUGAUUUUAAUUAAGAUAUCCUCAGAAGAGCUGAUGAUUUCUAUUCUGUGCCUCAUUCAUACUAUUUCCCCCCACAUCAAGAACUUUUCAGAAGAAACAGCCAGGGCACUUUUAAUUUUUGUGCAAGGCUUGAUAACCAGAAGUGACGAUCCUAAGAUAUCCACACUGUUGCAAAUAGUUGUGGAUAUAUUUGCACAAGUCAUUGUUCACAAAGCAAAAGAAAAUCAAAUUUUGAUUCAUUUUAUUGCAAGUAAUUUUAAAAUCAUUCAUUGCUUACCAGAUUGCCCAGCAAAAUCUCUGCUGCUCGACUACAUACAGAAUUUGGAUAUUAUCUCAACUUUUAACGUUCAAUCUUUUAAACUGAUGAGUACAAAUCACCAGGCUGUAGGAGCAAAUAUGAUAGCUUCUUGGCCUGCUUGGUGCUUCGCAAUAUUUUCUCAAAACGCUCUAAUUGAAAUGAACCCUUCAAAUUCGGAAUCAAAAUAA